UCCGCUAUAUAAAGCGGAGUGCGCAUGAGCAGCGGUCAGUACUUCUGAAUAGAAGUAGUUGAUUGGAUCAAAGUGUGGACUGAGCAGUGCAGUUGCUGAUUUUGAGGAUUCUCAAGUGUUUUCAAUACAGUUCUGCAAAGUCCGUCGUAUGCCAGAGUCUAUGAAUAUUAUGCGGCAGCGUUUAUUCAAUAGCAACACGCUCCGAUAUUUCUAUUUAUACGCAUAACAGCGCAUUCUAUCAGCAAAAUGGCUGUAUAUUGAGUCAAUGUUAUUUUGUAGGUAUGGUUUGGCAAUGAGUUCGAAAGUGUUAAGCAAAGCAAUAAAGAAACAAUACAAUUGAAUGCUAACGUUCCCACAACAAGUCCAUACUAGGCUACUGUAUUCUGCAAACAUGACGUUAUUUGGAUUCCUUUUUGGAGGUGUAGGAGGAAAAGCAAUGGCAGUGCCUCGUAUCGUAGCAUUACUUGGCCCGCAAGCCUCUGUUCAAAUAGCCAUAGUAGGAACUGUGUUAGCGUAUUACGCUGUAAAAGCUGUCGUUUCUACAAUAAGGACACGACCAAAUAUUUCCUUAUCUGGUCCGAAACAAACAUUAUUCAUUCGAUCAAAUAGUGGACAUAAUCAAACCAAUCGUGAUAUUAAGAAAAACGAUGGAAAUAAACCAGUAAACUCCAACGCACAAACCAACACUAACACACGAUCAGAAGAAACUGAUUCGACAGGAAGCACCGGCGGUGAUGGUGAUGAUCCAAAAAAACCAAUAAAUAACCUCAAUCCUAAAACCACCUGCAGGAACCUGGUUGAGACAACCGAAGAAGCGGAAGAUAAGAACACCAAACCCAUAAUUCAAAAGCAUAAAAAAAUUACAAAAAAUGUCCAAGAUGAAGAUUCUGAAGAAAUCGCACAACACACAGGAAAAACUCAUUUUGUUUCACGAUCAGUGAUUCAUACUCCACGAAUUGCCGGAGAAAUUAGGAUAAUUGUUGAAAAAACGGGUAUACUAUUUGACGAAUUAAUUAAAGACGGAGCUAGUACAUUCAAAGAUGCUCAUAUAAAAGGCACUCCAUAUAAUCCGGAUUUACAUAGAGCUCACGUGAUACGAAUUAUUAUAAUUUGGCAGAAAUUAAAAGAAUUAAAUUUCGAGCUCUACAGAAUACUAAGCACACACGCAGGACACACUCAAAGGGUUGACAAAAUGUUUAAUCAAUGGGGCAAGAGCGGUGGAAAUUUCGAUUUGCGCCAAUAUGGUUGGAUAAAGUUAUUGUUUUCAGUAAAUUUUUCUGCUGGGCCAACAGCUGAAAAUCUAGCUAUUUUUGAAACAUAUAGGCUACAAGUUAUAGAAUUUUAUGAUAAGGAGAUUGGCGAUGAGAAAAAUUGUGAAGAAGCUGUAGAACAAUUAAGAAAGGCAAAAGAAACAAUGGAAAACACAACGAGUUUAAAAUUGUUUGAAAAGGGUUUGGAGGGUUACAAACUUCAACAUAAAUAUGAGAAUCAAAAAACAAGCUAUGAAACAGAUCAAUUAUAUGAACCAGAAGCAUCAGAUGAAUUUGAAGAAUUGUACGAAACGAAAGAGUCAGAUGAAUCCGAAGAAUCAGAAGAAUCGUUAAAAUCAAAAGAAUCAGAUGAAUCAGAAGAAUCAUGUGAAACAGAAGAAUCAGAUUAUUUAUUGAAUUAAAUUAUAUACUGAUAUUGUUUAUAAUAAUCAAACGGUAGAUUUUAUUGAUCAUUAGAAUUCGACAGAUAGAGGGCGCAGUAACAGGCGAAAUCGAUCGGGCCGUGGAUCGGUCAUCUAUAUCUCUAUAAUAAAACUCUACUAAAGCCUGA